GAGUGAGAAAGUGGCCAACCAAGCCAUCUUUUUUCUCUUUCUCUCAUCAUCAUCAUCAUGGAACCAAAAGAAAGUAAAAUUGAUAGAUAAACCCCACAAAACAAAGAAAAUUAUAAAUCCCAUAAAAGGUUAAAGGUGGCUGAGGAAAAGUAACUUCCUACAAGCAAGAGAAUUGGAUUCUAAGCUCAAGAGAUAGAGAGAGAAAGAGGGUGAGGGAGAUUAAUAUUUGAGAAAGAAGUAUCAUGUGGUGCUGGAAAGGAGAGGGAGGCUAGAAAAAGAGCUAGAGAGAGAAGGGUUCCUCUGCUAUGCUCUAUCUUGUGCCUUUGACAGCACUUUCAGGAGUUGUUUGGAAGUUCUGCCAACUAACAAGCCUGAGAAUAAAAUAGAGAUGCUGCCUCCUUGCUGGCGAUCCUUCUGGAAGAGAGAGUAAUGCUAGUGAUAUGGGAAAGAAGGGGAGUUGGUUUGCUGCAAUCAAGAGGGUGUUCACACAUCACUCCAAGGGGAAGCAGGAUUCAGAUAGUAAAAACUCAAAAGAGAAGAAGAAAGGUGUAGGAAAACAAAGGCAUGGAGAGACCAAUUCUUUCAUCCCCAUCUUCAGGGAGCCAAGUAGCAUUGAGAAAAUAUUUGGGGACUUCGAAAGAGAGCAACAACAGAUACUCACGAUUAGGCCUCCCACGCCUCCUGAGCAACCCAAAACGCCACCUUUUGUCCCGCCUCGAGCUGCUUCUCCCAGGGCUCCUUCUCCAAAGGCUCCAUCUCCAAGGGCUGCGUCUCCCAGGUCUCCUUCUCCGCGAGUUACAUCUCCCAAAGCUGCUUCUUCCCGUAUCGUUCAUCACCACAAGGAGGUUGGCUACAGACCAGAACCAACUCUAAAGAACCAACAGGCCUCAGCUACUAAGAUCCAGGCUGUUUAUAGAGGUUAUAUGGCUAGGAGGAGUUUUAGAGCUCUAAAGGGUCUGGUUAGACUUCAAGGAGUGGUAAGAGGACAGAAUGUGAAGAGGCAGACAGUUAAUGCUAUGAAACACAUGCAGCUUUUGGUGCGAGUUCAAUCUCAGAUCCAGUCUCGAAGGAUCCAGAUGUUGGAAAACCAGGCACGAUAUCAAGCCGAGUUCAAGAAUGAUAAGGAUGCUGCAAGUACCUUUGGCAAACGCACUUUAGGACAUGGUUCUGAGGCAGGUAACAAUGAAGAGUGGGAUGAUAGCAUACUGAAAAAAGAGGAAGUAGAUGCAAGGUUGCAGAGGAAAGUGGAAGCAAUGAUCAAAAGGGAAAGAGCAAUGGCAUUUGCAUAUUCACAUCAGUUGUGGAAAGCCACCCCAAAAUCAACACAGACACCGGUGACCGAUACGCGAUCCGGCGGAUUUCCGUGGUGGUGGAACUGGUUAGAAAGACAACUACCUGCAGCAAAUCCACAAGAAAAACAAAUCCUGAAGAAUUUCCAACUCACACCUUCAAGACCAUAUUCAGAACAGAAAACUAGUCCAAGGCCUGGAUCAAGCACUCCAAGACAGCACAAUUUCGCCUUUGAUAACAUGGACACUCCCACUCCAAAAUCCACAAAAUCAACCAUUCUUACAUCUUCAAAACCUGCUAGAACUCCUCCAUAUAGAACUCCUCAAGCAAAACAUCCAAGGUCAAGGGCUCUGGGAGCCAAGUCACCUUUCGACGUGCCGCUGAGGGAUGAUGACAGCCUCACAAGCUGCCCGCCGUUUUCAGUGCCGAGCUAUAUGGCUCCGACUGUUUCUGCACAGGCCAAAGUACGCGCUAAUAGUAAUCCCAGAGAAAGGUUUGGUGGAAGCGUUGGUGGUGGUACUCCUAGCAGUGAUUCAAAAAGGAGACUUUCAUUCCCUUUGUCCCAAGGAAUUGGAUCUUUUAAAUGGACUAAAGGGUCCUUGUUCUCUAGCAAGGUUCCUAACUCUCAAAGGACACCAGACAAUAAUAAGUUUCAGACACUUGAAUCAAUAGGAAACGUGAGUGUGGAUUCAACAUUAUCUUUGCCUGCAAGGGUGGGAAGAAAGCCAUUUACAAGAUUUGUGUGAUUCUGUUUUUUCUUUUUUUAUAAUUUUUAACCAUUUUGUUUUGUUCAUGUUGGUGGUGGUGUUAUCAGUUAUGAUUAUGAUUAUGAUCGUGUGUAUUGGUGAUGAUAGUUUGACAGGAGUAUACUUGUUGUAAAACUAAUAAAAACAUAAUAGGAAAUGGUGGUUUGAUAACUUUGAUUGGAACUUUAAUUAUUGGGCCUAAUGGUACCAUGUUAAAUUCAAUUUCUUUGACA